GAAUUCAAUCAUAUAUAACAAUGUUAAAUAUUUUCGUUCUCAUUCGUUUCCAGUAUCAUUUUGUUGCUAUCCUUCUGUCUCUCUCGCUCUCCAUGCUUAUUGCAGUAACUCAAAUUUGGAGUUGUUAGAAGAUUUUUUUUUUUUUUUCUCGUAGAAGUUGAUUUUGUUUCUUUUCCGGUUUGCUCUAUCUUAUUGAGUGAUUGAGUUUAUGAUAUGAAGAAUAAUCUAUUAGAGGAUAUAAAUGAGUUUUUAAGUUGAAAUUUAGGGUUAUUACUUGUUCCAAUUUAAAGUCUGAAGUUAAUUGAUCUUCUCUAAACAAUUCUUGGUUUGUGCGGCAAUAAUCCAUCUUUGAUUACCUAGCUAAGUUAAUCAGGAGAUGGAUAACGUUGCGCGUUUUUGGCUGUAAAUAGGAAUCUCGAUUUGGUGUCAUUUCUAUAUGAAGGUUGGGAAUAAAAAUGGGAUGUCUGUGGGUUUGGUAUGCACUCCCGCGCUUAAGGAAGUCCUCUACGAACGGAAGGUAAAUUAGAAGAAACAAAGCUGCUCGCAAAUGGUUCCUUCUAGUGGCAUCAGGUUCCUUCACUGGAUGGCUUGUCACGCUUUCUCUUUGCGUCUUAUUGAAGAUUCCAGAAAUUUACUAUAUAGAGCAGUAACUGGAAGGAGCUUGCGGGGAUUUAGCACUGGGUUUUGCAGCAGCUCGCGCAGAGUUUCUGGGAGUUACGAACCAAAAAAUGCUAACCAUAGAAACUGGCUACCCUUAUGGUUUUUUAGUGCAAAUUCGGGUGUGACAAGGUCAAUUCACUGUACUGCUUUCGCGUUGGCAAGGGAUUAUUAUGAUAUACUUGGGGUUAGCAAAAAUGCCAGUGAAGGUGAAAUCAAGAAGGCCUAUUAUGGGCUCGCAAAACAACUUCAUCCGGAUAUGAAUAAAAAUGAUCCUGAAGCUGAGAAGAAGUUUCAAGAAGUCUCAAAGGCAUAUGAGGUCUUGAAGGAUAAGGAGAAGCGUGAACUUUAUGAUCAGGUUGGCCAUGAAACAUUUGAACAGAAUGCCGGCAGUGGCUUCCCUAAUGACUCAGGAUUUGGUGCUGGAUUUAAUCCAUUUGAUAUCUUCAGUAAUCUAAAUAAUGAUAUCUUCAAUAUGUUCAGGCGUGAUAUUGGCGGCCAGGAUGUAAAGGUUUUGAUUGAGUUAUCGUUCAUGGAAGCUGUUCAAGGAUGCAACAAAACUAUUUCAUUUCAAACAGAGGUGCCUUGUCAAGCUUGUGGCGGGCAGGGGAUCCCACCUGGUGCCAAACGCGAGCAAUGCUGGAACUGCAAUGGCCUUGGGAUGACAACCAUGAAAAGAGGCAUGUUUAGUUUUCAGAGCACGUGUCAUAAGUGCGGUGGAACUGGUCAAGUUGUAUCAAGCAUCUGCAUGUCGUGCAAGGGAGCUAAAGUAGUGAGAGGACAGAAGUCAGUUAAACUGGAUAUCAAACCAGGAAUUGAUAACAAUGAUACAAUAAAGGUUAAUAGAUCUGGUGGAGCAGAUCCUGGUGGAAGUCAACCUGGUGACCUAUAUAUUACCAUCAAGGUCCGUGAAGAUCCCAUCUUCCGUAGAGAAGGUGCUGACGUCCAUGUAGAUACUGUUUUGGGUUUCACUCAGGCAAUUCUGGGUGGAACUGUCCAAGUUCCGACUCUCACUGGUGAUGUUGUAGUAAAGGUCACCCCUGGUACUCAACCAGGUCAGAAAGUAGUCCUCAGGAGUAAAGGGAUUAGAGCAAGGAAUGGCAUGUCAUUCGGGGAUCAAUAUGUGCACUUCAGUGUCGGCAUCCCUACGAAUCUGACACAGAGACAGCGAGAAUUGAUUGAAGAGUUCGCAAAAGAAGAGCAAGAAGAAACUGAUAAGCAUGCAGCUGCCGGAUUAUCUAAAUAAACACCAAAGAAACCAAAAUGGUUUAGAAGAUGGAUUAGGAAAAAAGAAGGAACAGAGAAGAGAAGCAGUUAGCUUCUGUAAUGAGCAUCUGCUUUGGAAAUUUGGGGUGCAAAAAUUGUUUUGGAACUUAAAAACUGUAUUGGGUCUGGCGUAACAUAUAUCGUAGCAUUGCCAAUCGACUCGCUUUCUAAUAAAUUUCUCUCGUUCUAUUGUAAA